CCCGCUCCCGGUGACGCGCACCGUGCCCGCGCCUGCGCGGAGCGCAGCGGCGUCAUGGCGGUGCCGGGCGGAGGUGCCAAGGACGACACAUUCAACGUGCUGGACCUGGCGGAGUACACCAAGAACCGGCCAUGGUGGCGCAAGAUGUUCGCCCCCAGCUCGGGGUCGAGCGCUGAGAAGUACAAUGUGGCCACGCAGCUGGUGAUCGGAGGGGUCACGGGAUGGUGUACUGGAUUCCUCUUCCAGAAGGUUGGAAAGCUGGCAGCGACAGCAGUGGGAGGAGGCUUUUUCCUACUCCAGAUUGCAAACCACACAGGAUACAUCAAGGUGGACUGGAACCUAAUACAGCGGGACAUGAACAAAGCCAAGCAGCAGCUGAAAUUUCACACCAGUGGUGACAAAAUGCCUGCAGAAGUGAAAAGCAGAGUGGAUGAGGUGGUCAUAUUUCUGAAGAAGAAUGCUAUCCUGACUGGAGGGUUUGCUGGAGGAUUCUUGUUUGGAAUGGCAUCCUAGAAGCUGCACUCUCAUGCCCAACUUCCCCUCCCCUCCUCUACUGCUGUUAUCUCUCACUUAGAAGUCAAAGGAUGUUGCCAACAGACUCAGUCCCAUCUGCUCACAGGUUCCAGCCCUUACUUCUUAUAAUGCUGCUUCUGAUUUCCACUUUUUUUUUCUAUCCGGGCUGUUAGUGUGCUGGGCUUGGUCUGGAAGCUCACAACUCCCAGUGUAUCAUGAUUUCCCACCAAAUACACCCAGACUCAAAUUUUUUAAUGAGUUUCAACUUCAUAAAAAUGUAGUGGCAGAGAAACCUCUUAAAUGUGCUUCUUGCAGGUGCUCAGGACUGUUAUAUGUACCUUUGUCUGCCAGUAUAUUGUGUCAGCUCUUCACUACAAUUUAGCUUUCAGCAUUCCUGCCCUGGUACCUGGAACACCUCUGCUUCCCUCUGCACAGAGGUGAUCUGUGCAAUCCAAAAUGUGGUUGACAAUCCUGGGGUGGAUGCAGAAGUGUCAAAGCUGCCUGAGCUGUGUCCAGGACAGGGGAAUAUGGAUUUUCCUGCCCUCCCCCUGCUGUUUCACUGCACAUAGGUGGCCAUUUGGCUUUGUCUCUGCUGGUGUCCUUCCCCAUUCUGGAAUUGCAGCACUGGCACUGCUGAUGGAAACAGCACUGAGGCUGACUCUCCAAGCCCUUUUCUCAUCAUGUGUUCUGAAAGUCACCAAGUUCUGUUCUGCAGAACCACCUGACUGCUCAGCCCUUGAGGCUCUCUCCUGCUUCCAGCAGGCCCAGCCUGGCUGUGUCACAUGGGGGCAUUUCAGCUGUGCCACUUACUGUAAAUCACUCUGGGCUUUCCAUG